CUGGAGUCCCUGUAGAUUUUUAUUUUUUUUAAUCUACUGUGGGUUUUUUCCAGGGUUUUACCCUCUGACUGUCUACAUUUGUGUGGCUUUUUGUCUGGAUGCCCCAGGAUUAUCCACAGACUGCAGUUCCUUCUCGGGCCUGCAGGGCGGCAGCAGAGAGCAACGGCCAGCCGCUGGACAGGCAGACCGUCGGGAUGAGCGACUUCUGGCACAAGAUGGGCUGCUGCGUUGUAGCCAAGCCUCCUCCGAAGAAAAACAGGAGGAAGAUCGACCGUAGCAUGAUCGGCGCGCCGACAAACUUCAUCCACCUAACGCACAUCGGCUCCGGGGAGAUGGGAGAUGGCCUGCAGCCGUCAGGGUCUGUUCAGGAGCAGAUGAGGUCUAAAGGCCCCAACAUGAACUGCAGGAACAGCCUGUUAUAGCCGGAUUGUAUUAAAUUGACUCAGACCAGCUGACUGACCUCCUCCGCACUCUGAACCUCUGAGCCUGUCCUCCAUCAUCCAGCCGACGGCUUCAUCAUCUGCUGCCCUGCUGAAGCAACACUGAGCAACAGUGGAACCUACAUGUUAAAAUUAUUCAGCAAAUGUAAUAAUCAUAAUCAUGUUUAUUGUUUUUUUUUUUCUCACCCUGGUCAGGUCUGAAAGUAGGGAGCCAGACAGGAAUUAUACACAUUUUAUUUUUGGGUGGUAGAUUUGGCACCAGGUCUCUCAUCAGUAUUAAAUUAGACAUAACUUUUAUUGUAUGAUCAAAACAAAUCCAAGCAGGAAUAUAAGAACAGCAUUUAACUGCUAGUGAUUCUAAAUUUU